GGGCUCUGCUCUUCCCAUCACUCGAUCCCCGCGGUUGUGGCGUUUGGACUGACAUGGGCCGGUGACACCCGGGCUGCCGCGGACGUGGAUACCGACGGUCCCUCCGCUGCUGGGGCACCGCCGCUCCCCAUCUUUUUUUCUUGCGCUCGGAUUUUAUUUAAUUUUUAGGGAUUUUUUUGGGUUUUGUUUUUUUUUUUUUUCUUUUCUCUGGAGGAGCAUUUGCUGCUCCCGCUUACGCGCGGGCAGGUUAUGGUUAUUGCACAUAUCGCUUAUAUACAUAUAUAUAUGCGUAUAUAUAUGUAUAUGUAACACGAUUUGGCAAAGUUUAUCCAGGUUUCUGCCUGCCCCCGUGCGUUUCCCGCACGCCCAGGUGGGUGGCUGGGGAGCAGCCCGGCUCCCCUCUGGCAGCUGCCCGGCCGCUCGCCGUCCCUUCCCGCCCGGCUCCCGGGACGCAAGAGGCGGGAUGGGGAUGGCGCUGCGGCCCCGGGAGGGAGGGAAGGAUUUGCGUGCCGGCGCCGCCGGAGCGCUGCUCCGGGUGAGCGCGGCGGCUGGAGCGGAGCUAAGCCGAGCCGGGGCGGCCGAGCUGCCGGAGCCCUCAGCAGCGGGGAAGGUGGACCGGGAGCCGGCAGUCGACCCCGCGGUAGAUCAGGUCGCGCCGCCCGGUUGUCCCGUUGUUGGAAGGGGGUGAAGGGAGGACGUGCCUUUAUUUUUUGUAUUAUUAUAUAAUGGUUUUAAUUACCAAACGAGUCUGCGUGUUUCCCCGGCGCGGGGAGCGGGAGGGAGCGCUGGGCGCCGCGGGGUCCGGUGGUCCCGCAGAGGUCCGGGAAGAGCUGGUCCCCUCGGUGGAACGCAGCUCACCCGGGAACCCCUUUCCCUCCUCCCCCUCCUGCCUGCAGGCACCAGCCGCCGCGAUGCCGCUCAGCGCCGGCUUCCCCAGCAAGAACUACGAUUACGACUACGACUCGGUGCAGCCCUACUUCUACUUCGAGGAGGAGGAGGAGAACUUCUACCUGGCGGCGCAGCAGCGGGGCAGUGAGCUGCAGCCCCCCGCCCCGUCCGAGGACAUCUGGAAGAAGUUUGAAUUGCUGCCCACGCCGCCCCUCUCCCCAAGCCGCCGCUCCAGCCUUGCCGCCGCCUCCUGCUUCCCUUCCACCGCCGACCAGCUGGAGAUCGUGACCGAGCUCCUCGGGGGAGACAUGGUCAACCAAAGCUUCAUCUGCGAUCCGGAGGAUGAGUCCUUCGUCAAGUCCAUCAUCAUCCAGGACUGCAUGUGGAGCGGCUUCUCCGCCGCCGCCAAGCUGGAGAAGGUGGUCUCUGAGAAGCUGGCUUCCUACCAGGCGGCCCGCCGGGAGGGGGGUUCCAACGCCCGCCCCGGCCCAACGCCCACCGUGCCACCGCCAGCCAGCCUCGCCGCGUCCCCCGCCGCUUCGACCGGCCUCUACCUGCACGACCUGGGCGCUGCCGCCGCCGACUGCAUCGACCCCUCAGUGGUCUUCCCAUACCCGCUCAGCGAGCGUGCCCCGCGGGCCGCCCCCCCCGGCUCCAACCCCGCGUCCCUGCUGGGCGAUGACACGCCGCCGACCACCAGCAGCGACUCGGAAGAAGAACAAGAGGAAGAUGAGGAAAUUGAUGUUGUCACAUUAGCUGAAGCAAAUGAAUCCGAAUCUAGCACAGAAUCCAGCACAGACACAUCAGAAGAGCACAGUAAGCCCCAUCACAGCCCGCUGGUUCUCAAAAGGUGUCAUGUCAACAUCCAUCAGCACAACUAUGCCGCUCCUCCCUCCACCAAGGUUGAAUACCCAGCUGCAAAAAGGCUAAAGUUGGACAGUGGCAGAGUUCUCAAACAGAUCAGCAACAACCGAAAAUGCUCAAGUCCCCGCACAUCAGAUUCAGAAGAGAAUGACAAGAGGCGAACACACAAUGUCUUGGAGCGCCAGAGAAGAAAUGAGCUGAAGCUGAGUUUCUUUGCCUUGCGUGACCAGAUACCUGAGGUGGCCAACAAUGAAAAGGCUCCCAAGGUUGUCAUCCUGAAAAAAGCAACGGAGUACGUUCUUUCCAUCCAGUCAGAUGAACACAGACUGAUUGCAGAGAAAGAGCAGUUGAGGCGGAGGAAAGAACAGUUGAAACACAAACUCGAGCAGCUAAGGAACUCUUGUGCAUAGGAGCUCUUGGGCAUCGCUUAGAAUAUCCCAAACCAGACUGAAACUAUGAUAAAACAUUACUGUUUCCAAUAUCACUCAUGAACUACACCAGUCCAUCAAGUAUGGAACUAUUGCAACUGCAUGCUGUGCGAUUUAACUUGAGACUACACAACCUUGGCUGAAUCUCCCAAAGGUUUGGCCAGAACCUCUAAACUGCCUCAUAAUUGACACUUUGGGCAUAAGGGAUGAUGGGACAUUCUUCAUGCUUGGAGAUGAACUCUUCAACUUUUUUUCUUUUAAAAUUUUGUAUUUAAGGCAUUUUUUCAUAUGAGAAUCCCAAAACAGAGUUGUCCCUAGAUUGCUGUAUAUAUUUACACAUCUUAUUGCCAUGUAAAUACCUUUAAUAAAGCCUUUAUAGAAAAAUGUGCAACAUUAAUGCGCAACAGUUGUGGCAACUGGAUUUAUACUUGUCUUGAACUUCUGUGCCAUAACAUUUCACAGUUUUGUUUUUUUUAUUUAAGUACAUUUUUUCUUUUUAAAAUGAUUUUUAUUUUGGUUUUAGAUAAAUAAAUAUUUGCCCAAAAUAUAAUUAGCUAAA